GCGUAAAACAUACGAAAAAUGCGAGUAACGAAAUGCAUUCGUGUGUAACGUUUCGUUACUCGUUACUAGAUGCCGCACACGUUACUCAGUAACGAAUACAUACGGUUUGCUACAGCUCUAGUGAUGGACUAAUGGUUAUGAUGCAGGAAUGUUUGGCGCCAAAUGAUUUGUUGUUAUGAAGGCUAGUUUUGAUCAAAUUUUUAAUGCAUUUUUACUAUUUUAGCGUCUUAUUAAGAGUUGACAAUGUGCGAUGUGGAUAUAAAGUGGCCUUCAUCAUUUCCAGGGCUUAAGACUGUGGAUCAGCACUUGCGCUGUGGUAUUUGUUAUGAAUAUUUAAGGACUGCCAUGAUCACAUCAUGCUCUCACAAUUAUUGUUCGGUUUGCAUCCGAAAGUCAUUGCAGUAUAGGACCCAGUGCCCAUCAUGUUUCGAAGGAACGGUGGAGACUCAACUCCGCAACAACCGAGUGCUGGACGAACUCGUGAGGAUCUUCGCGGAGAUGAGGGACGACCUGAUCCACUGCAUUCGAUCGUCCGAGUACAAGCGGUCGGUCGCCCAGAAGGUCGGGACUGGUGCGUUGGGCAAAGGCGUCAUGGCCGCGGCGCCGGCGACGCCCCUGGGAGAGCCGGUCGUAUGCAGCACCCCGUGCCACACCCCUGACUCGCUGAGGUCGCCGGUGAUCCAGCCGAGGAACCGGGCGGCUCUGUCGCAGAACCCCGCCGCCAAAAACUUGGCCGGCGAAUUCGACAAGCGUGCGAGGAACUGCCCCGUCGACGGGGCGCAGCAGCCGUCCACCUCGUCGGCGCAGGGAAACGCGGUGAUGUGGAGCGACGACCCGGCGUCCACGAGAGAGGAUGCGGUUACGAAAAGGGACGUGCUCAUUCCAUCCAUCUUCAGCCCCAAAAAGCCGAGCAGACCGAAAGUUCCGGAGAAGAAAGUGGCAUGUCCCGUGUGCGCCGUGGAGGUUCUGGAGGUGCACGUGAACCAGCAUUUGGAUGCCUGCUUGAAAACACCGCUAAAACAGAAGAAGGUUGUGAAGAGGGUUCCGUUGCCAAAACUAGUCUACAACCUAAUGAAGGAGAAAAAGUUGCGGCAGAAGUUGAAGGAAGCCGGUCUGAGCACGCAGGGUGAUUACAAGACGUUGGUUCAGCGACACUCACGGUACACUUUGCUGUACAAUGCGGAAUGCGAUACACUGGACCCUCGGCCAGUGUCGGAAAUCAUCCAGCAAGUCGAACGGGAAGAAAGAGAUGAAAAAGAGAACCAGGCCUCCUCUAAGAUUAGUGAUAAACUGAGACUGCUAGCAGAUAAGAGGAGUGAUCCAAAAGUUGUAGAAGAAGCACGGACCAAGUAUUUACAAGAAAACAAAGAGAGUUUUAAUCAGCUGAUAAAGUCGCUGAAGCAGAGGGAAGCGAGGAAGCAGUUUCCGAGUGCUGUCGAGGAUGACGUGCGGUCAGAUGCCAGCUCUGACAGCGGGGAGCCAGCGACCAGAAGACAAGUUUGCGUCAUGUUCCGUGCCCGCGACAGCAGCCCUGACACCCCAGACAAGGUUGAAACCGUUGUGGUCAGUGACGACGAUAGCUCCAUUUUCUACGAGCAGACUCUUACUCACAACACUGGCGCGCGAUCGCCGUCGCCGGAAGGCAGCGUGCGAUCGCCGUCGUCGGAAGGCAGCUUGCGAUCAGCAUCGCUCGUGAAUGAAGCUGCUGAGAGUCGUGACGGUGACGAAGAAGACCACGCCAGUAACCAGAGCUUCAGCCUGCUGGAGAACUUCGACCCAGGUAUAGUGCUUUGCAUCUUAUCUACUCAUUCUUGCCUUCUUGCUACACAUACAGCUGUCUUUCGGCCUAGAAACCAUUAAAAUUAUAAAUGAGCAAAUGAGUGGUAUUGACAUGCUGUCAGGAGGAAUGGGUGUAAUACAAACUAUAUGUUUAAGUGGAAUUUUGUGCGGUUGCUGGAAGGAAUGACACUUAGACUGUCAAUUUCAAAAGACUAACUGAAAUGUGCCUUUAUCCUCUGGGUGGUUUCAGUGUGGCUGUAUCCAGUUUGGUUCAAAUUCAUAUUUGGUAAUUCUGAAAGAGAGCUUACUUUCUGACAUAUUUUUUACAAUACUUCAAGUACUUAACCUUUUUUAAAAGUGGUUAGGUUUGUGUAAUGCAAAUAUUUAUAUCAUUGAGAAUAGUCAUUUGUGUUGGGUUAGCUACAUUAAAAUUAAUGUAAAAUAGCAAGGACAUUUGGUAAGGUUAAUUGGUAAAUCAUAAUCAAUUCUCAAAUGAGUUUAUAUAAUUUUUUAUGUAGCUAUGCUAACUUCAACAGUACAUUUUUUUUAGAAAUAUUUCAGAUGUAACUAACGUAAUCCAACAGAACAUUCUCACAAUAACUAGGGACAGGAACUUUUCUGUGAGUAAAAUUAGUGAAAAGCGGUGAGCAAAAAUGCCAAAAGCGGUGAGAAAAAAUGCCAAAAGCGGUGAGGAAAAAAAGCGGCGAAAUGUAUCUACGCGUACCUUUUUUAAGAAAAAGUUAAAUGAACUCAGUAAUGAAUAGUCAAAAUGUUUAGAACUAAUAUUUAGAAGUGAAAAACCCUUCAAACUUAAAAGUAGCUACUCUUCCAGAAUGUCAAAACUUUUGGGUUUAGAGGGAAGGUUUGUCAAUAAAAUAUAUUCCUAACUCACGUGGUAUGCUAGGCCAAAAAGUUAGGUUUCUUUAGUUUUAGGUUUGGUUGGUUUAGGUGGGAUAUAUUUUAUAUUUGGUAAGUUUAGCUUAGGUUAGUUUUAAAAUGCCCAUUUCCAACUAGCCUAAAUUGGGUUUGGUUUUGAGAGCUUCUAAAUUUAAGCCACUCCAUGAUUACAGAUAUUGAUGUAGGCAUAAAUACAAAACUUCAACAUAUUUCUUCAUCCAGCUUAAAAUACUGGGGUCCUGAAGUUUAUGAAGUGGGAUGUUCGCUUUGAGGAACACCUCAGUGGUCUCCAUAGCAAAACGUUGCGCUUCAGUUUUCCUUUUUUUUUUGCUUGCUGCGCACAAACACCACUAGUAUGCUGCAGUGCUACAGUAGCGGGGGAAGAAAUGCGUGACUUUUUGUGCUUUUCACUGCUUAUGUGCUUAACAGUUGAGGGGUUGUUACCACAAUGCCGAAAUACCACAACGCCAAACGUACAAUAACGCAGAAUGUCAAAAUUGACCACAACGCCGACAGCUAGAAAACUGCUGUGUACCGUAACGCUGAAAUAACAACUGAAUGAAUUUGUGUGUGUUUCUUAAAUGUACCUUAACGCCGAAAUACCAUAAUCAAACCUAACCUUACCUAACCUAGCGUAAUAUAACCUAACCAUUAGGCUUCUGCGAGCAGAAGAUUUUCACUUCGAGUCGAGCUCGAGCGAGUUUGCUAAAAUACUCGCGAGUAUCGAGUCGAGUUCGAGUUUUUUUUUAAAGUUUAUUGCACAUAAAUUUACUGUGAUGGAGUAAUAAAAUGUGAGAACUUUUGAGAAAAAUAUGGAAAUAAAAAAAGAAACCAUUAUCAUUGUUAGCCUACUAAAUAGAUAGACCUACAUUAGAGGUCUGCAAGCCUAAGAAUUUUACUUUGAGCCAAGCUCGAGCGAGCUUACUUGAAAGUUCUCGAAGCUUGAGCUUUUGUGAUACAGUUACACUUUUGGGAAAUUAUUUUUACCUUAAACUUAGUAGGUAUAAUGUUUGAAUAAAGUAUUAAAAUGAAGUGGGCUUAUUAAUUUUGGGUAACUAUUUACAGAGUGCUUUUAUAAUUUGCACUGCUAGGAAAAAAAACAUGUUUUCCAUUGAAUCUAACCUGUUUCCAUUGGUUCAUUAGCAACUGAUAUCAUCCAACUAACAUAACCACAGUUUACAAGUACGUAUAUGUUUGUGUAAAUGUAACAUAUCUUUGGAAUAAUUUCAUCUUUGUCAAUUUUUCUGGAGUCCUUACUGAGCUUCAACUAACUGGGCACCAAAAAUCAUGUUGUUUGAAAAGUACAUUCACAUUGUUUCAACAUUUCCACUUUUCGGCACAAAAAUUCUGAGAGAGAUUGUCACAGAGUAUUAAAUUCUGUUCUUCAAUCUAUCAUGCAGAAAAAUAAUUUGUUCUGCACGUUCAGGAGUUAAAUUAGCUCUACGAUUGGAGAUGGUGUUUACAGCAGAUGAGAAGCAUUUCUCGCUGGCAACCUGUGUGGCUGGAAUGCUUUAGUAAAAUUGUUGGUAAAUAUGUAGAGUCGCGGUAUAUGCGGAAAAAAAAAUGCUAAAAUUCCGAAAAUACUUUUAUUCUAUGCUCUUUCACUUCCUCUUUUCAAAUCAACCGGCGGAGAUAAGAAAUUCCAAAUACUUUAGGAAUAUCGAAUUUUUUAAUUUUCAUCACAAUACCUGGGUAUUCAUGUGGCUAUCACCAUUGUUUCUGGUUUACGAGUAUCUAUUAUGUUUCUUAUUGGACAAUUUUGUCACGUGACAGUUCCGUGAUUGGCCAGUAUUCAAAUGAACCAAUACGUGAUUAUUUAUUUAUUUAUUAAUGUUCCGUCGGAGGUAUCGCGACGUAGGUGAACGACUACAUCAUUUCCUUCUAAUGGCAAAGGAAAUGUACCCGCCUCCAACUUAGGUGGGUUUUUAACGUUUCUAAUUUUAAAGUCUUAUUUUUUAUUUGGAUAUUGUUGCGCAAGUAAUAAGUAACAAAAAUAUUUUACGUGAGUUGUUAAUGUUCAUCAUUUGUCCGGGUUUGUUAGGUCAGGUCAGUUACAUUAUAAAUACUUUAAAACUAAAGAACCAUUGAAAUUAAUUCACAUUAUUUUUUAUGUCCGCUUAGUUUGAAAGUAUUAAUAAUGUAACUGACCUGACCUAAUCGACCAUUUUAUUUAUUAAGCAUUCACGAACAUACGGCAAAAUAACAAAAAUGGCGUCGGUCUAAUGGUUGUACAGGUGUUGUAUUGCAAAAUUAAAAAAUUCUAUAUCUCCUAAAGUAUUUGGAAUUUCUUAUCUCCGCCGGUUGAUUUGAAAAGAGGAAGUGAAAGAGCAUAGAUUUUUAGCAUUUUUUUUCGCAUAUACCGUUACUCUACAUAUUUACCAAAUUGUUUAACCUCAAAAUUAGUGUCAAAUAUCUGUAACUUGUCAUUAAGUUUAAUCAAUUUAAAGUAAUAAAAAUAGAAGCAUUUUACUUAAUUCAAUUUACACUUGCAAAAAAAACUUACGCACAAUAAACCUACAUGGAAAUUAAAGUCUUUUUCAAUGUCCUGUAGUCUGAAAUAUGUUUACUCAUGUCAUCAAAUGUAGAGCUGUACUGAAGAAGCCGAUUUUGCCAAUAUUUAGUUGAAUCGGCAUUUCUGCCAACUUCCAAUACUCUUGUUAAUUUUCGGCCGAUAUUACUGAAAAACGAAAGAGAGACUGCCAUAACCUAAAAAUCCACGAGUACCCUUUUCACUUUUCGUAGUAGUACUGCAUUCUUUCAGAUCACAUUAUUUCUUAGCAACAUGUGCCAACCGUACAUAUCAAGAUUUAACAUCCUUUUUUUUUCAAUAAUGUUCUUUAAUUUUAAUAUGUCCUAAAUAAAUACAUUACCAUCACGGUAAAUACACAUCUCGGUUAUUACGGCAACUAUAGUGCAAAUGUGGUAACUAUCAUGCUUCUGCAGUAGUUAUGGUAUCUACAAAGAAUCUUUAGUUCUUUUUAUGGUAAUUAUCUUAAGAUAACUAUUGGAAUUGUACUGUAGUUAUGGUACAUCAUCCAUAUUUCUUCGUAAGUUGUUGUUCAUUUGUCUUUUCUUCAUAUUUAUAUUUACGUGCGCCAUUACUGGCAGGAACUUUCAUAAAAAUUUUAAACGGGACUUUAUAUCACACAUUUAAUGGCGUAAAUGAUGAGACCCCGGACAAUUUAAACACUUUUUACAGUAAAAUGCGGGAAAUGUUUCCGCAUAAAGCGGGAAAUACUUCCGCAUAAAGCAGGAAAGUGAUACAUUAAUGCUAUGCGGAAAAUUAUAGAAGUAAAAAAAAUUAAUCACGGAAAUUCGUAAAUCCCGGGUACGUAAAAAUGAUGUGUUCAUGUAUACGGUCGAUCAUGUUACAUUAUAAAGUAAAGGAUAAUAGUGUUGUAAGACUUUUAUUCCGAUAUAAUGAGAGUUUUUUUUUCUAUAGGUAGAGUGCAAGAAAAGCUCGCUCGAAUUUCGAGUUGUUGAAAAGCCACGAGCUCGAGUUCGAGUAUUACUAAAAAACUCGACUCGAAACUCGAAUUUCGAGUACUCGCAGGUGUCUACUAACCAUACUUAACCUAGCCUAUCCUAACUAGGGCUGUGCGAAUGUGACUUUUUCAAUGCAAAUCAAAUGCAAAUCAAAUAAUUGCAAAUAUUUGCGAAUAGCGAAUAAUUUGCGAAUAUUUUCUAAUUAAAUUCUAAGUAUAAAUCUGAAUAAUUACAAUCAAAUUUGGCAUAUUAUAAAUUGUUGUUUAAAAGAGUAAUGUUCUUUAGCUUUAUAUACAGUUUUAUUGCUCAAGUAAAAUGUAAAUUUUUAUGUCUCUUCUAAUGGUUUAGUAAGAAAACACAAUCAGUGAUAUAGAAAUGUCUUCGUCAAAAGCCAAGCCUACACCUUGCCAUCAACAUUACGUAAAUUGCAGUGCAAAAAGACCAAUUUCUUUACAUGUUCUGGAUCCAGGCAUUGCCUCUUGGAAGUGACAAGGUUCCCAGAAGCAGAAAAACAACGUUCUGAACUUCACUUCUUCUUCUGAUAAUUAAAAACUGCAAAAAAAGUUUAUGAAAGUAAACAGAUCUUCGAUGUAUCAGUUUUAUUUUCCGCAAUAAAUAGUCAAGCUAUUACUAACUGAUAUAUCAAAGAGUUGUUUAUUACAACUGCUCGUAAGCAUGGUCAAUAUUCCGUUCUCUGAGUCUUUUGGAAUCAAACGUGUCAAGGCAAAAUAAUUUUUAAUGAAUUUUGUUUAUCGUGUCUUUUUAAUUUUAUCUAAUUAUUUACGUAACAUUUUCGGUAGUUUAAAAAGCGAUUGCGCUGGAGCAAUUCUAACAACACAAUUCUCUGGCCAAGGGCCACUCUGCUAGCCAUAACCACAAACGGACACGUUUUCUUUUUUUGCUGUAGCCAUGAUGGCAGCUGUGUUUACUUUUAUAUUGUUAAAAAAAAUUCUCUAGAUUUGUAUUAGUAAACUUAAUAGAAUGGUGACCAACGAGUUUGUGUGCAUUAGUUUUUAAAGGUUAUUUAUGAAAGCUGAUGCGCUGGCAUUGUUUUAAAUUGUUUUACACUUUUAUAUGGCACAUGGCUUGCCCAAAAAUUGUGCUAACGACAACUGGAUAUAAUAAAUUAAUUAUGCUACACAUCACGUACAGUUUGCAGUAAAAUCGUAAGCAUUUAUGAUAAUUUUCACGCUACAUUGGCUUUAACUGUUCUCAGUAUGCCCAUGUACCUAACCUAAAAUUUUAUGUAAGUAAAGGUCCGCUUACAGUUUUUUUUCUUCCAUUAAGUCUCUCGGGAAAAUGAUUUCUCUAGGUUCGACAUAUUAUUGUAUCACACGUUUUGUCAAACAAAAGUAAUAUUUUAAUACAUUUGAAAACUUUCGAAUAUUUGAAAUUUUCAAAUACCUAAUUUGGUUUCGAAUGUGAAUCGAAUCAAAUAUUUGAUUUGCACGAAUAUUUGCAAUUUCGAGUAUUUGCACACCCCUAAUCCUAACAUAACCUAAUCUAACCUAACCUAGUCAAACCUAACCUAGUCAAACCUAACCUAGUCAAACCUUUGUGGAAGUCCUGGAAUGACAUUUUUCGGUUUUUAUGUAUUUCUGCGUUGUGGUAAUUCGGCGUUGUGGUACACAGCAGUUUUCUAGCGUGCCGGCGUUGUGGUCAAUUUGGCACUCGGCGUUAUUGUACGUUUGGCGUUAUGGUAUUUCGGCGUUGUGGUGCGUCCCCCAAUUGAGUCUCUACGGUCGCAAUUGACUCUGCAAUUACAGUAUUUACAAAAUAAAACUGCCUUAUCUGUCGAAUAGAGACCAUCAGAAGAAAAUUCUUAGGCCCUAUCUAGUGUGUUUAUGUCAUACUUCGUUCAGUUACCGCAACGAAUAGUCACCGAACAAUAAUAAAUGCACGCAUGUGCAGUAACCUAACAACCGAAGAAAAAAAAUCACAUACAUCCAUCAAUUUGUUUGUUGCAGUUUAAAAUUGCCUAAAGUAUUUUAUGGUUAAGUAAAUUAUGAAGAAAAAACACUUAUAAUUUUCGUUGAUAUCAAAAUUUACGCGUUCUGAACGCGGUAUCGUUUUUAUCUACCGAACACGCUUGAUUGUAUGAUCAAACAAUCGAUUGUUGGUAAACGUUCAUGUUCUUUCUCGCAUUCUCGUACUGCUAUGUUGGUAACACGUUUAUUGAGAAGCGUGUUUUGUUUUGAUAACUUCAUGGCACGAGAAACAAAUGUUGAAGCUUGUAAUGUUAAAAUGCAAAAUAUAAACGGUCCUGGAUUACCGUCAUCUGUGGUCAACCUCGCCGUGAUUUAUUGCCACAGAAUGUGGUUUUUGUGGUUAUGGUUGGAGAAAAUAAAUUGUUUACCUAGUUUUGCCUAGUAAUGUUGCCGGCACGGUGAAAUGUAUUUUUAUGUAGUGUUUUAUUGUUUUAUUUUUUAUUGGUGCGCUGGUGUUACGAACGGAAGAUGAAUUAUAUCUAAAUUAUAUGUGUUUGUGGCAAUUUAAGCUUCAAAUAACGAAAUUUUGACCAAAUUCGCGACGAAACAGUGGAAAAUCGCAAAAUUCGCAUUUUCGUAAAAAGAGGGCCAAAUUCGCGAAAUAACGACGGUGAUUCGCGAUCGCGAAAAGUACCUGUCCCUAACAAUAACACAUUAUUUGUUAAAAUAUAAAGCUUACCUAACCACUUGUUGAAACAGUAAACUACUGGUAAACCACUUGCAGUAUCACAUGAUUUGAAAAUUGUCAGGAAGUGAAAAUAAAAACAUUUUGGGAUUUUUAUUUUUUUCAGAAACACCUCAGAAAUUUUGUUGGAAAUGUGUUGACUAAUUUAAAUCAUUAUUUUUGACAUAUGCCAUUGCUAGUUUGCACUGUAUGACAUGUGAAACCCAAAGAACAGAGCAAAGAAAGAUGAAUACAAAGAUGAAUAAAUAAAUCUUCAAAUAAAUCAAUCAAAGAAUUUGCUUACUGUUAAUGAUAGUAGUUGAUUAGUUUUUCAUGUAAUUUUAUUCUGUAUCACCACAACCUUACUCAGUUUCAAAACAAGUUAUAAACAUUUUUUGCUCCCAAGGUAAACCGUACCCACUCCUUUCUUGUCAUAAAAGAGGCUAGUUUGCCUGCUGAGCUGACACAGCCAGCUGGGCAGUAAAGCGUAGAUAUGAGAACUGCUAUUUGUUUAUUUUACAGAGUCCGUGUUGAGUUCGAAAAUGGCAGAUAGUUGUGCAAGCAGGUGGAAUAUGGACAGUGAUGGUGCCAAUGAAGACUAUAAAAA